AUGAUCUCAGCCUGUCUGAAUCCAGAGCGAGAAAAGAGGGUGGUGUUUCUCACAGCCCGGGUUCACCCUGGAGAAUCACCUGCUUCCUUCAUCUGUCACGGUGUCAUCGACUUUCUGGUCAGCCAGCAUCCCAUCGCUCAGGUCCUGCGUGAUCAUGUGACCUUUAAGAUCGUUCCCAUGCUCAACCCUGACGGCGUUUACCUGGGAAACUACAGGUGUUCUCUAAUGGGCUUUGAUCUGAACCGUCAUUGGCAGGACCCUUCCCCUUGGGCCCAUCCCACUCUACAUGCUGUCAAACAACUCAUUGUCCAAAUGAACCAAGACCCAAAGGUGAGUUUGGAGUUCUACAUCGACGUGCACGCCCACUCCACCAUGAUGAAUGGCUUCAUGUAUGGUAAUGUCUUUGAGGAAGAGGAGAUAGGGCAGAGACAGGCCGUCUUUCCUCGACUCCUGUGCCAAAAUGCGCCUGACUUCUCUCUUUCCAGUACAUCGUUUAACCGUGAUGUGGUCAAGGCUGGUACCGGCCGACGGUUCCUGGGUGGUCUGCUGGAUGACACAUCAUACUGCUACACACUGGAGGUCUCCUUCUACAGCUACCUGACAGCAGGAAGCACCUCACCUGUUCCAUACACGGAGGAUGGCU